CUCCACUUGUGUUUCGUGGGUGGCAUCGAUCGAGAGAGAGAGAGAGAGACGCCAUGAGCUACCCGCCGCCGGGCACCGCGUACCCUCCGCCGGGCCAGCAGCAGCCGUACCCGCCGCCGGGCAACGGUUACGGCUACCCUCCUCCGGGCCAGGAGCAGCAGCAGCAGGCCUACCCUCCGCCGGCGUACGGCGCGCCGCCGCCUGUCGCCGCCGACUACUACCAGCCCAAGGACGGCGGCGCGUACCCGCAGCAGCAGCAGCAGGCGUACGGCGCGCCGCCGCCCGUCGCCGCCAACUACUACCCGCCGCCGCAGCAGCAGCAGGCCCCGCCGCCGCCGCCGGAGGCGCAGAGCCGCGGCAGUGACGGCUUCUGGAAAGGAUGCUGCGCCGCAAUCUGCUGCUGCUGCCUGCUCGACAUGUGCCUCUGAUCGAUCACACAUACAGCCGCUCGGCAUCAUCGUCGUUUCACAUCUUGGAUUUGGCUUAAUUCUGUAUCACCAUGUCGCUCAGUCACCAGUAGUCGAUUUGCUUUGUUGCUUCUUUAUAUUGGAUAUGUGCGAGUUAUUUUCAGCAUUCGGUAUAUUUUUCUGUUGAGUCUUUGCCAUUGCGAUCAGAGAGGAAACAAAAAAUUGCUGUUCCUCGGA